CACAAAAAUAACCUCCAUUCUCUUCUGAGUGCUUUCUCCCACUCCCUCCAUUUCAAGACAAACCCUUUCAAGCACUCUCUCUCUCUCUCUCUCUCCGCUGAUGGGGCAGCCAGAGCCUGCUCCUCUAAACCCUAACCCUAAACCUAGCCCUCCUCCUCCUCCUCCUCCGCCGGCUCUUUUGGGGCCGCCACCGCUGCGCCAAGAUGGAGGAAGGUUCCUCAAAUUCCCAAGACCUGCGCUCAGGGUCACGUCGGAGUUUGAUAGCGAGGCGGAUGUGUGGUUCCACAAGGUUUCUUGCCGCCUUUUCGACCGAUUGGCGAAGCUUAAGCUCUCUUUCCAGAAUGAUAAACGCGGUGAGGUCUCGUCCCCGCAGAUUGGAUUUCUCACCAAGAAUCUCUCCGUCCUUUACGAUGUUGAGUCCCGGAACGCGCUUCUCAAGGGUUCCCUUGAUCUCGCCGGGUGUCUUCAGCUCCGUGCCACUCACGAUGUCAAGGAGCAACAAGGAGAAGUGUCACUAAUUGCGAACUUGGUUGACCCAUCGUACAAAUUUGAAUUGGCAUCUGCUGUUCCAUUUAGUGGAUUGCCACGGGCAACUUUACGAUUUCCCCAAGGUGAACUGUCGGUGGAGGAAAGGGAAAAUGAGGAAGCUCAAAGAGAACUUUCAUGGAGCGGGAUCUUGAAGGGUCAAAUUCUAAAUGGAGUUUGUACUGCUGUGUACAAGGAAAAUGAUGUGAACCUAAGAUACUGCUAUAAGGAUGAGGAGAUAUCAUUCAUUCCCAGUAUAACUUUGCCUUCUAAUGCACCAUCUUUUGCAUUUAAGCGUCGUUUCUCUCCUUCAGACAAGUUGAGCUACUGGUACCACUUUGACUCUGAUGAAUGGAGUGCUGUUUAUAAGCACACUAUGGGCAAAGAUUUCAAGUUCAAAGCUGGUUAUGAUUCAGAGGUGCGGCUUGGUUGGGCAUCCCUCUGGGUUGGAGAUGAAGAUGGGAAAACGAAGACAGCGCCAAAGAAGGUGAAGGUUCAAUUUAUGGUCCAGGUUCCUCGAGAUGAAAUCCGGAACUCAGUCUUCAUGGUUCGUGUCAAGAAAAGGUGGGACAUUUAGGUCAUUGCUCUUGCUCUUUCUCUCUUUAUGUGCUUUCAUUUUUCUUCCAUUUUGUUAUUUAUGUGUUGGGAGACAGCCAUCAAUAUUUCAUUUUAUUUGUUCGUGAA